AUGGGACAGAGUAACAAUGUCACAGAAUUAUUCCUGAUGGGCCUCUCACAGAAUCAUGAGGUGCAAAAAGCAUUAUUUGUCCUGUUCUUACUCAUAUAUGUUGGGACGAUGGUGGGCAACCUGCUCAUUGUGGUGACGGUUAUUGCCAGUCCCUCCUUGGGCUCCCCAAUGUACUUUUUCCUUGCCUGUCUGUCACUCAUGGAUGCUGUUUAUUCCACUGCCAUUUCACCCAAAUUGAUUACAGAUUUACUCAGUGAUAAAAAGACUAUUUCCUUCCCAGCUUGCAUGGGCCAGCUCUUCAUAGAACACUUAUUUGGGGGUGCUGAGGUUUUCCUUCUGCUGGUGAUGGCCUAUGAUCGCUAUGUGGCCAUCUGUAAGCCACUGCACUACUUGACCAUGAGUCGACAGGUGUGCAUCCUGCUGUUGGUGGUGUCCUGGAUUGGAGGUUUAGUUCACUCCACGGUUCAACUUGCCUCUGUGUACAAUCUUCCCUUCUGUGGCCCCAAUGUCAUUGACUACUUUAUCUGUGACAUGUACCCAUUAUUGGAAAUUGCGUGCACUGACACCUCUGUUAUUGGCCUCACUGUGGUGGCCAAUGGUGGAGCAAUCUGUCUGGUCAUCUUUAUCCUUCUCCUAAUCUCCUAUGGGGUCAUCAUAAGCUCCCUUCACACUUACAGUCCGGAAGGGAGAUGCAAAGCCCUGUCCACCUGCAGCUCUCACCUCACAGUGGUUGUCCUCUUUUUUGUUCCUUGUAUUUUCAUGUAUGUUAGACCUGUCUCCACCUUUCCCAUUGAUAAAUCCAUGACUGUGGUUUAUACGGUAAUCACUCCCCUGUUGAAUCCUUUAAUAUACACCCUGAGAAAUUCAGAGAUGAAAAAUGCUAUGGAAAAACUCUGGUGUAGAAAGUGUCGUAUGGACACAUAA